GCAGGAGUGGCAUUAUUAGGCGUUAGUUAUUCUCUUUUGCCUUCAAGAAGAAAAAGAAAUGUAAAGAGCGUUGUAGGAAGUUUGAUUAGAUUUACAAGAUCAAUGAGGAUCGGUAUAACGAUAUCUAUGGAUUAUUUGAUUGCCCCUGUAAUAGGUUAUACAGAAUCAGAAAUUCAUCGAAGGUCCGCCGAUCGAAUCGUUCAGGGAUGCUUACAGAACGGUGGAAUAUAUAUAAAGCUUGGACAAGGCUUAGCAGCGGUCAAUCACAUUUUGCCAAGAGAAUAUGUUGAAAGCUUGUCGAUAUUACAGAGAAAUGUAAGCUUUCGAAUGGUGCGUGGCUAAAUUACCGAAUUCAGUCAAAUCAUCCUCAAAAUU